UUAUUGCCUCUUUGGAUUGCCUGCCGUGGUUUUAUUCAUUGGCUGGCCUUUUGCUUGUUCCUCGCGAUCGUGCGGGUCGCCUGUUGAGGGUUUCUCACCGUAAUCGGAUUGUAAAGAUCGUUUUUUUUCUUCUUCUUUUGACUUCUUUGGCUUUUUCUUUGAUAAACUUGGGAUUUUUUAGGGUUAUGUAUCUUUUUGAUUCCUCGUCGGUUUGCUUAUUGAUGUCGUGCCUUUAAAGGGUAUUACAGAAAACAGAUCGGAUAUAGCGAAGGGUUUCAACCUUGCGGACGUUGGGCAUGAGUUCCGUGAGUGGAGAGAAAGAGGAGGGCUCCCUGGAAGUCAAUGAUGAUGCAGGAAAGCGAUCGAAACUGAAGGGGUUUGACAGCUUUGGGAGCAAUGAUAUGUUCUUCAGAGCUGACAAGAUUGAUUUGAAGAGUUUGGAUAUCCAAUUGGAGAAACAAAUCAACAAGGCAUGGAGCAAAGGAAAAGAUGAUUCCAAAAGACCUAAGGAGGGAUGGGAGAUUGAUCUGUCGAAGCUGGAAAUACGCUAUGUCAUCGCUCAAGGAACAUAUGGAACUGUGUAUCGAGGAACUUAUGAUGGCCAGGACGUUGCAGUGAAAGUGUUGGACUGGGGUGAAGAUGGUAUGGCUGCAGAGGCUGAAACUGCUGCUCUUAGGGCAUCAUUUCAGCAGGAAGUUACAGUUUGGCAUAAACUUGGCCAUCCAAAUGUUACAAAGUUUGUUGGGGCAUCAAUGGGAACAACUGAUCUUAAAAUUCCUACAAAGAAUUCCACAAGUGUCAGUGAUUUUUCACAUCCAACUCGAGCCUGUUGUGUUGUUGUUGAGUAUCUCCCAGGAGGAACACUGAAGCAAUAUUUAAUCAAGAAUAGGCGAAAAAAACUCCCCUUCAAGAUUGUGGUUCAGCUUGCAUUAGAUCUAUCCAGAGGAUUAAGCUAUUUACACUCGCAGAAAAUUGUGCAUCGGGAUGUCAAAACCGAGAACAUGCUGCUGGAUGCCCACAGGAAUCUCAAAAUUGCUGAUUUUGGGGUUGCUCGUGUUGAGGCUCAGAAUCCAAAAGAUAUGACUGGCGAAACGGGUACCCUUGGGUAUAUGGCUCCAGAGGUUCUCAACGGUAAGCCUUACAACCAUAAGUGUGAUGUAUACAGCUUUGGCAUUUGUUUAUGGGAGAUCUACUGCUGUGACAUGCCAUAUCCUGAUCUAAGCUUUGCUGAAGUCUCCUCUGCUGUUGUUCGGCAUAACCUACGACCAAAUGUACCUCGGUGUUGUCCAAGCGCAAUGGCUAGCAUCAUGCGCAGGUGUUGGGAUGCCAAUGCAGAUAGAAGGCCUGACAUGGAUGAGAUUGUGCGGCUUUUAGAGGCUCUGGACACCAGCAAAGGUGGUGGGAUGAUCCCUGAUGACCAACUAAAUAGUUGCUACUGCUUCAUUCCUAAACGUGGUCCAUAGGUGCUUUCCUUGUGCAUUUAGCUUAAAUCUUAGCAAACAGCAAGCAGCUUCAGAAUGUCACCAUUCUACACUGCUCAAGGAGUUUUGGUGUGUUCUUUUGAUGCCUAAGUCCAGUGGUUGUGAAAAGUUCCAUGCAUGGUUUUGUUUCUUUAAAGUUGUUAGUUACUUUUAACCUAAAGAAAAAAAAAAGUUGAUUGUUGUUACUCGAAUAAACAGAGGACAGGAAGGAAACAAAAGAGUUGUCAAACAAAUAAUUUCUCAGUGGUAUUGCAAUUCAAACUUGAUAUUA